AUGCCUUUGAAGAUGAAUGGAGACUCAGACUAUGGCAGUAUGUUGGGCCCGGGGCUCAGCCUGUCAGGCAGUCUGGGGGGCUCAGAGACCCUCCCUCUACUAAUUCCAGAAGCUGUCACAGAUCUAAACACCUGGAAACCCAUGAACAGAGAACAGCUGGAGGCCGUCGCUGGAGGACCAGGCUGGAGAAAGUUCCGCUCUCGUCUGGUUCUGCUUAUCUGGCUGGGGUGGCUGACCAUGCUAGGCACUGCCAUUAUGGUGAUCGUUCAGAGCCCACGGCCAGUGGCUACUCCACUGCAUUGGUGGCAGAAAGAGAUAUUUUACCGGCUGCAGCCAGCUCUAUUUCUGGAUGUAGACAAUACAGAGUUCAGUGCUAUUAGCAAGGUAUCAGACAGCCUUGCCUACAUCCAGUUUCUGGGGGUUAGAGUAAUGAUUUUGGAGGGUUUGUUCAGGCAUGAUGUUUCUCCACCCAACCUGACUGAGAUUGACCAGCGACUGGGCACUUUACCACAGUUCCACCAGCUCAUCAUAGACAGCCAAAAAGCAGGUGUAAGAAUCAUUCUGGACCUCUGCAACCUGGAUCUGCUUGAAGGACCUGAGUUCUAUAACAAGACGGAGAUGUUAUUUGAUUCAGCUGUUCAUGUCCAGGACUCACUAAGGUACUGGCUUGAGUUGGGGGUGUCAGGAUUUGGAAUCUGUGAUACAGACUCUGCCUUUUCUGAAAAGACACUGACAGAAUGGAGAGGACUUGUUGAAGAGUUCAGCAUUGAGUACAAUGAAAGGAUUGUGAUGGUGAAGCAAACAGGUGAUUCCUCCUCACCACUCAACACGUCUAGGCUAACAGUGAACAGCUCUCUGGUGGAUCUGGUCUCAAAGUCUCUGCUCCCCUCAUCUUUCCACCAGUUAUCUGCAGCUGAGCUAGCUAAAGCCAUGGAAAGCAGGCUAAAGACUCUGCAGGGAGAAUGGCCAAGCUGGACAGUGGACAGGCCUGUAGCAUGGGAGCUACAGAAAGUCCUCAUGGUUUUGAUAAUGACCUUACCGGGAACUCCAAUUGUCAGAUACGGUGAUGAGAUUAGCCAGUCUGUGGUAAGCAGAGUGCUUGAGUCAGCUGCCAACAUGCACAUGCUAUCAGUGUAAUCACUUAGAAAUCGGAUCAAAUCGAGGCGCUCCACUUCGUUCUUCCAGUCGCUGAGUCGCACUCAUUUUCGUGAAGAAGCGCUACUUUUUGGCACCUUUACCUUUCUCCCUUUCAACAGCUCUGCCCAAUCUAACUCCUCGGCCACGCCCCCUCUAGCCUUCCUGCGCUCUUGGGGUUGCGUUCAUGUUCUUGUGUUGUUUAACCUGGGUUCAGAACCUCAGUCACUGGACCCUAACUGGGCCCCCAGCCUCCCUAAAGAAGGAGUGUUUGUGACCAGCACGGGUCUGGACCGCCUUGGCGCUGUGUCCCUUCAGUCCAUACAGCUCCACCCACACGAGGCAAUUGUCAUUAAACUGUUUGAGCCAGACAACUAUUUCUGA